AAAAAUCUUCGUUAUUUUACUAUGUGAGACAUGUUGACUAGUGCCGCGCGAUUAGUCUCUUCGGCUUUUCUUUUAUUAUUCUUGCUGGAAGGCCACGAAACAUGGAUGGGUCACAAUAAAGAUAAGAAUCUUCUCGCAGAUAUGGGUCGAACAUUGGUCUAUGAUAUCGUGCGUAAAGCAGAAACAGUGUGGUCUUUAAAAGACGACUUUGGGAAGUACAAAACUUUUGGUAUUGGAGAAAAAGUAUAUCUUUUACGUACGAAAAUGGCACAAAUGAUUCGACUGUCUAUGCGGAGUCGACAAAAGUAUAGUACACGGACAACCAGCCAGUUGAUACAGAAUAUGACAAAUCUUCAAAGAAUGUGCCAGGAACUCUUUCUUUUCAUGGAGGAGUUGAUAAAAUAUGAUAGUGAAAUAAUGGGUCGAGAUAAAAUAAGAAAUGUGUCGAGACUCGAAUUUGGUCAAAGUUGCCAGGCGGCCGGGUCGAUGGCGAUCCCACCAUCAGUGAUGGACAAUUAUCGUCGCCAAGUGGUGGACGCCAGAAGACAACACAUUAGGAACACAUAUCUGCAGACGCCACUAAAGCCUCCGAUCGACGUUGGGAAGGAAGUGAGCGAAUCUCUUAACACAAAACUCACUAGAGCACCCAAUAUUCAAGACCAAGGUGCUGAUUUUAUGGAUCUCGCGCCAGAUUUUAUGUAAAU